CACUGCGCCACCAGGGAAGCCCGGGAAGCCCCCUUAGCUCUAUCUUAACUCUGUCCUUCCUGAAUUAGAGACAGCCAUGAAGAUGAUGCUAUCAAUGUGUGGAGUCUACACAUUCCCAAAUGAUCCUCCGUUUUUUUUUUUAAAGAAGAUGUUGGGGAAAAGAAAAGAGACUUCUCUUCCAGCCAAGAUGAAAGACACACAAGCCACUCAGGAAAUUUUGGCGGUCCUGCAGAGUGAAGUCCAUGAGCAGGAAGAUAAAAUGGAAAAUCAAGCACAAAUUGAAGACACACGUGACAAUCUCCCAAAGACACAGCGAUCUUUAGUACAUUUUUUUCCAACGUCAAUGGAUUCAGAUACCACUACACUGCCAUGUUCAUGGUCAUUAUCCAAUGAAAUACCUCUCAGUUACUAUCUGUCCAGCCCUCAGGUUAGUGGAGUAACUUUUUCAACAACUGGACCAAAGCCUCUUAAACCUGAUCUAGUGAGCCAUUCCCAAUCAGAAGACAGCUUGGGACUCAACAACUUCAGACUUCCAAAGAAACACACUAUGCCGGUGCUUGCUUCUCAGCCAGCUGUGACUGGGGAAGGGGAGGAUUAUUUCCUAUCUUUGUUUGGUGAUUCAGAGAAACUUGUCGUGCACUCAUUCCACACCAAGAAAACUUGGAAGCACUUUUCUAUGAUUCUUGAAGAAGUGGGCCAAUCUAGAUCCAGUGCUCUUGGAGACAUUAAAAUAGCUGAAGUGAAUGUCAAAGGUUUAUGCGUGAAGCUCAUUAACUCUUCCCUUGACAAAGAACUGGAAAUCGGAAAUCAUAUUCUCCAACAAAAUGUGGAUGGACAAACAGUCUCUCUGUACCAAUUCCUUCCCAAUAUCAUAAUGCAGGCCAAUUCCACAGUAACAGUCUGGGCAGCAGCAUCUGAAGCAAAGCACCAGCCACCAUCAGAUUUUCUUUGGAAGGAACAAAACAGAUUUAGGACAAGCCCAAAUUGUACAACAAUCCUGUGCAAACCUAAUGGUGAAGCUGUUGCCUGGUACACUCCUGUCCACUGGAAGCAAGCAUGGGAGAAAUUAGAGACUGACAUUGAAUGUGACAGAUGCUCAGUAGUAAGUCCAGCAUCUCAAAGGCACAUGUUUCAUUGGCCAGCAGCUACAACUACAACUAAAGAAAAACAAGACCAAUCUAAGCAAGAUAUCUCAAAAUAUCAGGUGGAACGAGUUCAAGCUUCUCUUACAAGAGAAAAAGAAAUCCCACCAACCCUUUUCCCCAAUCGCAGCCCCUGGUGCCACAGUCCUCAUGUCUCUGCACAUCCUUACUGUCCACUGAUUGAUCCUCACAACACCUACAUGACUGAACGCAGCUUAGACAGACAGCCCAGGUCUCAGUCAGCCAAGCCUGAUCCAGCCAGGAGGAUGUGCAUGAGGAUAUGUUACGUGCACUUUUGUUGCCAGCCAACACCACAGCUGCAGAACUAUUCAGGUCUUUGAAUGAUUGAUUACAUAUCAGGAAAACUGAAUUGGUCACUUUGUGUCGGUAUAUGCACAGACGGAGCGGCUGCCAUGACUGGAUGGCUUUCUGGUUUCACUACUCAGGUCAAAGAGGUCGCUUCUGAAUGUGAGUCUAUGCACUGUGUCAUCCGUAGAGAAAUGCUGGC